AUGCUAGCGCUUUCGAGGUCGAUCGCAUCAGUGUACCUUGCCACAGUGACAGCUCUGAAGCCACCAUGGAGACAUGUGCCGGGGAGGGUUCUUGCCUUGUCACGCCAACUGUCCACAGGAGCAGAUCUUACUGAUGACGUGGGAGCGGCCCCUCGACCCACUCGGAUCCAGCGCGUAGACUCAGGCAAGGCUCUGCUGAUUGAUUACGCCAACGGCCAGAGAUUUUCUCUACCAGCAGAGCUACUUCGAGUGAACAGCCCCUCACCCAAAGGGGGAACACGGCAUGCUGGUUCUGCAUCCAAGAUUAUAUCUGGUCGUCGGUAUAUCCACGUCAUCAAAUUGGAACCUGUGGGAAACUAUGCCAUCAGGAUAUUGUUUGAUGAUAUGCACACGAGCGGCAUAUACACGUGGCAAAUGAUUCAUUCGCUUGGCAUAAAUAAGUAUUCUUUUGCCAAAGCAUACAUACGGGAAUUGCCAGCCAAUGCUACGCUUGUAGCCAUAGGCCAAGUAACCCUAAAUGCUCUGCAUAGCAGCGCGAAUGAGAAGGUGCUUUUAAAGUCCACCUAUGGUGGCUAUCUCAGCCUCGCUGACUCACUGAAGGGUCAGCGAGCACUUGCUGUGAGAUCUGCCCGACCAGUCGUUGCCUGCCGUGCGAGAUUCGGAGGCCUCUUCUCUCCGAAGAAAAAGGAUGAUGAGGAGGAGGAACCUGCAGAGGCUGAACCUGCCGCAGCGUCAGAGGGAACGUUGAAGCUCCCAUGGAGUUUUAGAGGAGACAAGGGUACUCAGAAAGUAACAGAGGAAAUUGAGGAGGUCGAAGAGAAGGGGACCCAGAAAUUCGUGUUUUCACCCUUCAAUUUAUUCGGUGCUGCCAAGUCUAACAGCAAUUCCCGUGACGACAAUGUUGUGUUUAUUGCCGGGGCAACUGGCAGAGUUGGCUCUCGUGUGGUCAGGGAGGCUAUCAAGGCUGGAUUCAAGGUCCGAGCCGGAGUGCGUAGCCUUACCAAGGCAGACGAGGUCCUCACUGAUCUUCCUUCACCGCCUAGAAAGGGACUUUUCGAUCUGUUUUUUGGGAAAGAGGCCGAUGUGGAGCUUGUGGAGUUCGACAUUUUUGACCCGGAGUCCGUUGAGGAAGCUAUUGGCAACGCUGGAAAAGUUGUGUGCGCCAUUGGUGCAUCCGAGAAUCUGCUCAAUGUCUCCGGGCCGUACAGCGUGGACAAGGUUGCAACGGAGAAUUUGAUAAACGCAUCUGCCGAGCUUGGAGUGAACCAGUUUAUCAUGAUUUCGUCAAUCGGCACUGGAAAGUUUGGAUUCCCUGCAUCGCUACUGAACUUGUUCUGGGGCGUCCUCUUCUGGAAGGCGCAGGCUGAGAAGACCUUGAAAGCGAGCGGCGUUCCGUAUUUGAUCAUUCGUCCUGGUGGAAUGGAGAGGCCGACUGAUUCCUUCAAGGAAACACAUAACCUGAAGCUAGAGGAGGGUGGCACUUUAACGGGUGGACAAGUGUCCACCUUGCAGAUUGCCGAGUUGGUUGCGGUUGCGUUGAACAAGCCAAAUCUUGCAGCCAACAAGGUUGUGGAAGCGGUUGCUGAGACGACAGCCCCCGAAGAAUCUAUUGAGAGCCUCUUGGCGGCCAUUCCUUCAGAUGAUGUGGUGGAGGAUGAUGACGAAUACGAAGUGGAGGAAGUUGUUGUAGUGGACACAAGGAAGCAGAAACAGAAGGAGGCUGCGGUUUCAGAACGGGAAAGGCAGAAGCAGGCAGAGGCGUCAGAGGCAGCUGAGCGUAAGGCUGCCGAAGCAAGGGCUAAAUUGGCCGAGCAACUUGAGCUUGCUCGUCAGCAAAAAGAAGAAGCUCUUGCUGAGGCCCAAUCCGUUGCUGCUGAGAAGGCUGCUCUCGAGCAGAAGCGUCAAGAGAUUGAAUCACGAGCCGCUGCAGCUUCUCAAGCUGCUAAAGAGGCUAAGGUUGUGGAGGAGGCCGUUUUGGCUGCAGCCGCAGAAGGUCGAAUCUUGAGCCAGCGUGAGAAGGACCGUCUAAUCCGAGAAUUGCGUGAAAAGGAGGCUGCUGCAGCUGCUGCCGCUGAACUGGCGAAGGCAAGAGCAGAAGCUGAAGCUCGAGCUAAGGCAGAGGCAGAAGCCAAGGCUAAGGCGGAUGCCGAGGCGUUGGCUAAGGCCAGGGAACAGGCUGUUGCGAAGGCAAAGGCUGAAGCUGCAGCCAAGGCAAAGGCAGAGGCCGAGGCUAAGGCGAAGGCUGAGGCUAAGGCCAAGGCUGAGGCCGAAGCUAAGGCGAAGGCGGAGGAAGAGGCUAAGGCCAAGGCGGAGGCAGAGGCUAAGGCCAAGGCGGAGGCCGAAGCUAAGGCCAAGGCAGAUGCAGAAGCCAAGGCUAAGGCUGAUGCAGAAAAGAAGGCAAAGGAGGCUGCUCCGGAGGCACAGGCCAGUGCUGGCGGCCUCAACUUCCGCUGGCCAUGGCAGGUUGCAGAGGAGGAGAAAAAAUCCUCCACUGACCUUCCGCCCAGCCCAACCCCUCUGUCUCCCUACACACAGUAUGAGGACCUGAAGCCUCCGACCUCCCCGACUCCAUCCCCUCCAACUCCUGUCGCUGCCAAGGUAACAUCAGAGCCACCACCUGCUCCUGCAGCACCUGCACCGCCAAAGGCAGAACCAGCCCCAGCACCUGCAAAGCCUGAGGUGGCAGCAACAGCUGUGGCUCCUGCUGCUGAUGCUCCUGCUGAUUCGAAGAGAGUGUGGGUUAAAACUUCAGGUGAGCCCAAGGGCCUUGAGCUGAAGUGGCCAUGGGAGGUUGCCGGUGACUCCGGAAAUGGCAGCAGCAGCGGCAAAUCCGACCUGCCCUAUGCCAACCGGCCCCUCAGCCCUUACACCAUGUUCCCUGAUCUUCGGCCACCUUCAUCCCCGAUUCCGUUGAGGUCCACAGAUACGGAGAGCUAA